UAUUAAGGGAUAACGAUAUACACACAUGUUAUCGAAGGGUCGUAAUACUUAUAUUGUUUAAUCAAUACUACUCGUUAUGUAUAACUAUUUACGAAAUUAAAAUUCCUUUAGUAUUCCCUUUUAUUAAAAUUAUUGAACAAUGGCAGAGGCAGAUGUACCAAAAAAUAUGUUAGAAGAGCGUAAAAUUGUUCACACAUAUCCUUUGGUUCGCCAUUGCGAUAUGAAUGAUGAAGCUAGAACUGAAGCUGUUGAACUUUGUGUCUCUGCUUGUGAAAAAUUUGCUAACAAUAAUGAGAUGGCCGCACGUUUAAUAAAAGAAACAAUGGAUAAAAAAUUUGGACCUAGUUGGCAUGUUGUCGUUGGUGAAGGUUACGGUUUUGAAGUAUCCUAUGAAUGUAAAAAUUUAUUGUACAUGUUCUUCGGUGGAAAUUUAGCGAUAUGUAUGUGGAAAUGUUCGUAG